CAGAGAGCUCGCUCUUCCUGCGGUCAGCUCUAUGUGACAGCCAGCACUGGCGCAUUGUCUUUUUCCCCCCAUUUCAUUUUAUUUUUUCACCCCACUCUUUGCAUUGGACACUUUGAUACGACGUCCGCAGCUUUGCGUCUUUCUCCUCGGACGUAAGGGUCGCCGCUGGUCUUCUCUCUCUCUAUCAUGGGCAACAGGGACGAUGAAUACGAUUUCUUGUUCAAAGUUGUUCUUAUCGGAGACUCAGGCGUCGGAAAGAGCAACCUGCUGUCCCGAUUCACCCGCAACGAGUUUAACCUGGAGAGUAAAAGCACCAUCGGGGUGGAGUUCGCGACCCGCAGCAUUCAGGUGGAUGGCAAGACGAUAAAGGCGCAGAUUUGGGACACAGCCGGACAGGAGCGCUACCGGGCCAUCACCUCAGCCUACUACCGAGGUGCAGUUGGUGCUCUGCUGGUGUACGACAUCGCCAAACAUUUGACAUACGAGAAUGUGGAGCGCUGGUUGAAGGAGCUGAGGGACCACGCUGACAACAACAUUGUCAUCAUGCUGGUGGGCAACAAGAGUGACCUGCGCCACCUGAGGGCAGUGCCGACUGAUGAGGCCCGAGCUUUUGCAGAGAAGAAUAACCUGUCAUUUAUCGAGACCUCGGCUCUGGAUUCAACCAACGUAGAGGAGGCGUUCAAGAACAUUCUAACAGAGAUCUAUCGCAUCGUAUCACAGAAGCAGAUCGCUGAUCGAUCAGCUCAUGAUGAGUCUCCAGGGAACAACGUGGUGGACAUCAGCGUGCCGCCCACCACGGACGGGCAAAAGGGCAGCAAACUGCAGUGCUGCCAAAACCUGUAACCAUGACGACCAACCAUCACCCCUAACCCCACCGAACCUUCACCACACUCCGCACUACACUCAUCUCCCUUUUUCUCUCUAUGUGUCGUGCCGCUGACGUUCGAUUUAUUUGUGUAAUAUAUAUUUUUUCUUUUUGAUAGCUUCUCAACUCACGUAUGCACACAUACCGAGACAGACACUCGUACACACACAUAUUUCUGACAUGAAAUAAAAUUUUACAGUACAAA